AUGAUGCACAACUGGCUGGUUAAAGGUUCAAAAGUGAUCCCUGGAAGGGAGGGGCAGCCAAUCAGGAACGCAACAUCAAACAAUCUUCAGUUUAAUGUUUCUUAUGAACAUUCUGGAAACUACUACUGUGCUACAAAUGAGAACAGCAAUAUAAAAUCUAAAGCAUUCAAGUUGAACGUGAAAUACCCUCCAAGGAACACCUCGGUCUCAGUCAGUCCUCCUGGUGAAAUAGUGCCAGGGAUUCCAGUGAUUCUGACCUGUAGCAGCAAUGCAAACCCACCAGUCAGCAGCUACACCUGGUUUAAGACGAGUAGAAACCAUGUCGUGAAGUCAGGUCCUGAACAGAGUCUCAUCUUUGAAAACAUAAGCCUCCAUGACAGUGGAGAGUACUACUGUGAAUCCAUCAAUGAGAUUGGAAGGAGUGUAUCUCUGGUAGUACCAUUAACUGUAAACUCCACAAUGAAUACUAUAAUAAUUGUAAUAAUGGGACUAGUAGCAGCUGUCAAUAUUGUCAUCCUAGUAGUUGUAGUUAAAGUCAGAAAGUAA